AACGCAGUGGCAGAAAGCUGCUCCACCUGCCCUUCCUCUCUACCAUCUGUCUCUUUUCUCCUCUUCCCCUGCAUAGAGCCCCACCUCCCGUUCUCUCCACUAGUAUCAGCACCUCUUUUCAGGCAAAUGUCCUUUGUCAAACUGAGCAUCUUUGGGACCUCCUUUGAGGUCACCACGAGAUAUGUUGACCUCCAACCUGUCGGAAUGGGUGCUUUCGGCCUCGUUUGUUCGGCGAAAGACCAGCUUACAGGCUCGUCCGUCGCGAUCAAGAAGAUCAUGAAACCCUUCAGUACACCCGUCCUCUCAAAGCGCACCUACAGGGAGUUGAAGCUGCUAAAGCACAUCCAGCAUGAAAAUAUCAUUAGCCUGAGCGACGUAUUCAUUUCACCGCUAGAGGACAUCUAUUUCGUCACAGAGCUUUUAGGUACCGAUCUUCACCGUUUAUUGACUUCACGGCCACUCGAGAAGCAAUUCAUCCAGUAUUUCCUGUAUCAGAUACUCCGGGGGCUAAAGUACGUUCACUCGGCGGGCGUCGUGCAUCGUGACCUUAAACCAAGCAACAUCCUUAUCAAUGAAAAUUGCGAUCUCAAGAUCUGCGAUUUUGGCCUCGCGCGAAUUCAAGACCCACAAAUGACAGGCUAUGUUUCAACACGGUACUACCGUGCACCCGAGAUCAUGCUCACAUGGCAGAAAUACGAUGUCGCGGUUGACAUCUGGAGUGCGGGAUGUAUCUUUGCGGAGAUGCUAGAGGGGAAGCCAUUGUUCCCCGGAAAGGACCAUGUGCAUCAAUUCUCGAUUAUCACCGAGCUUCUGGGCACCCCGCCGGAAGACGUCAUUCAGACAAUUGCUAGUGAAAACACGCUCCGAUUCGUGCAGAGUCUGCCAAAGCGGGAACGCGUGCCGUUCAACGAGAAGUUGACUUGUGGGGAUCCAGUGGCUAUCGAUCUAUUGGAGAAGAUGCUCGUGUUCGAUCCGCGCAAACGGAUAAACGCGACCGAGUCCCUUGCACACGAAUACGUCGCGCCCUAUCACGACCCAACAGACGAACCUGAAGCUGCAGAGAAAUUCGAUUGGAGUUUCAACGAUGCGGACCUGCCAGUGGAUACAUGGAAAGUGAUGAUGUACAGCGAGAUCCUCGACUUCCAUCAAGUUGGCGACGCGCGGUUGAACUCAGGUGCAAUCCCUGAAGGCGCGCUAGCCGGACCGGACGAUACCUCCAACUUCAGCACCGGCGGUGUUGUACCUUCCGUUGCGGCAUCUACUGCCAUUCCAGCGACAGAAUGAAGGUCCCCGGUACAGUCAAUGCUAUCGUGGUCAUCGUCGCCCCCAUUCCCGGUUCGGGCUUUACCUGACCCACCCUUUCGUCGUCGAUUUUCUCGUGUCUCAGUAUCGUCCCUGGUCAUUUGUGGAUACCGGUCCCCGUUAGACGAUUAUCUGUGACUUAGGUGUUGCAUCGCCAUAUCCUAAUCUUAUCCCCAUUGACGACUUCCUGCUUCAUUCCCGUCCAAUGACCCGUUCUUGAAUUUCAACGUUCCCAUCGUGUUAGUCUGCGCCAGGUUAUAUCGAUAUCGGACGAUCUCUCUCUAUCCCUUUCCGCCACCAUUGUGACAAAUACCAUAUUCAACCACCCUUCCGCUAAUACCAUUUCAGACAAGACCAGUUCGCGCUUGGGUAGAAUGCUUAAAAACCUUUGAUACACGCACGCACACACAAUGCGUUCUCAUUUUCAUGCUCUUACGAGACUCGUCGUCGCUGUAUCCUUUCUUCCUUUUCCUUCCCUUCUGGAUCUCUUCUCCUGUUCAUUUUGCGAAACAAAAGAAACAAAGAAUGUGUAUUUCUAUUUGAUUAGCAUCUCCAAGACUUCCCGUCGACGUGUGUAGUUACCUAGCUAUG